AUGUCUGCUAUCUAUAAGGCCUUGCAGUCAAAAUCGUCAAAGGACACCUCCGAAAAAGCUAAGCACAUAAACCGUCAACGAGUCUUGGUAAUUUCAUCUCGUGGUGUCACGUACAGACACCGCCACUUGAUCAACGACUUGACACAGUUGAUGCCACAUGCGAGAAAAGAGCCUAAGUUCGACUCAAAGAAGAACUUGUGGCAACUCAAUGAAGUAGCUGAGUUAUACAACUGCAACAACAUCUUCUUCUUCGAAGCCAGAAAGCAUCAAGAUCUUUAUCUCUGGAUCUCCAAACCACCCAAUGGCCCAACGUUGAAAUUCUACAUCCAGAACAUGCACACUUUAGACGAGCUCAACUUUACCGGAAACUGCUUGAAAGGCUCGAGACCAAUUCUUAGUUUUGACAAAAGUUUCACUGAUUCUCCUCACCACGAGCUUAUGAAGGAGAUGUUCCUCCACACGUUUGGCGUGCCUCCCAAUGCGAGAAAGUCCAAGCCAUUUGUUGACCACGUGAUGACAUUUUCGAUCGUCGACAAUAAGAUAUGGGUGAGAAACUACCAGAUUUCCGAGACCGAGCUGCUCAAGGAGUCCGAAGUGGCCAACAUCGAUGCUGAUUCGUUGUCUUUGGUCGAAAUCGGUCCUCGUUUCGUGAUGACCUUGAUCACGAUUUUGGAAGGCUCUUUCGGUGGCCCCAAGAUCUACGAAAACAAGCAAUAUGUGUCGCCUAACUUUGCCAGAGCGCAGAUCAAGCAAAAGGCUGCUGAGCAAGCCCGUUCGCGUGCUAAUGCUGCAGUUGAUCGGAAGGUCAAAUUGAGAGACCAGGUGUUGAAGGUGGACCCCUUGUCCAACGCCAGUUUGUUCAAGUGA